CUGCCCAUCCAAAAUCCUCUCUCUCUCUCUCUCUCUCUCUCUUCCAAUGGCUUUCCAUCUCUGAGAAAUAGAAGAGAUAGAAAGGAACGGUGAUGGAAUCCCAAUACCCUAAACCCCGAUCGUACGGCACCAAUGGAAAGAUGCCAAUUGCUCCGGCCCAGCAAUCGGACAACGAUCGCAGCAGCAGCGAACUGCGGGCCCUCGAUUGCAACCUCACCUCCCUCUGCGACCACAUCCAGAUUGAGGGCUUCAACUCCGGCUUGUUCUCCGACAUCGUCGUUCAUGCCAUGGGCUCCACCUACCAUCUCCACCGUCUGAUCCUCUCCCGCAGCUCCUACUUCAGGAACAUGCUUCACGGCCCCUGGAAGGAAGCUGGCGCACCAGUACUGACCUUGCAUAUCGAUGAUGACAAUGUUAAUGCUGAUGCAAUUGCAAUGGCCUUGGCUUAUCUCUAUGGGCACCAUCCUAAGCUUAAUGACAACAAUGCAUUCCGUGUUCUUGCUGCUGCAUCCUUUCUGGAUCUUCAGGAUUUAUGUUCAAUUUGCACGGACUUCAUCAUUUCUGAACUAUGGACUUCAAACUUUUUAGCAUAUCAGGUAUUUGCAGAGAGCCAAGAUUAUGGUAUGCAUGGAGAACAUGUUAGAAAUGCUUGUUGGGGCUACUUAUGUCAAAGUGGCACCAUGGAGUUGAGAGAGGUGCUUCCAAAACUUUCUUCUCCCACUUUGCAUGCUCUUCUCACCUCGGAUAGAUUAUGGGUGCCUAGUGAAGAAAAACGGUUUGAACUAGCUCUAUACACACUACUUGCAAAAGGUGCUUUUUUCAAGGCAGAUCAUACUGAGCAAGCUAGUUCAAGUUCUGAAAUAGGAACAAGUGCAAAUUCCGAUCCUUCUGUGCUGAAGGAGAAGAACGUGGUGCAUGGCAGCACCGGUAAACAGCUAAUGGAAACUGAAUUUGGACAUAUGAAUUUACAAGAUAAUCUUGAAGGACACAAAACUGCUCAUAAUAUUCUGGUCGAGCUUGCGGACUGUGUUGUAGACUUCCACACUACUGCUGCUGAUUCCACAUCACUACAAGCUCGACAAGAAGCAUACUCUCAGCCGAUUUUGGAGUCAAGAUAUUCCUGCAAGAUGGAACAAUCCUCUUCCCAGAGUAACUCAUUUUCUGACUCAGAUGCAAUCAGAACAUCAAGUGCUUAUGUUGAAAUGCAGAACAACAUUGAAGCAAAUAGAAUGGGGAAUAAUGGAGAUGCCAUGGAAGGACCAUCUGAGGAAAGCACAUGUUACCAUUUAAAUAAUAAUAUCUGGCUGUCUCGGGACCAAUCAAGGGACUGCACUUCAGCGACCUCCUCUUCCUCUAACGGGGUCAUUCCUACUGACUGGGGAAGAUGCAGUAUGCCUUCUCCUUCAUGGGGCGGUAGAAUAGUUGGCAGAAGACAGGUAAAGAGUUGUGCCAAGGGGAACUGUGGUGUACGUGGUGAAGAAUAUGAUGCAUUUAUCAAUAUUUUUGAAGGGGGUUCUCUUCUGUACUGUAACAUGUCUUUUGAGGCACUGCUAAAUGUCAGAAAGCAGCUGGAAGAACUGGGGUUCCCUUGCAAAGCCGUGAAUGAUGGUCUCUGGUUACAGAUGCUUCUAAGUCAUAGAGUACAAGAAAUAGGUGCGGAUACCUGCAAAAAUUGCUGCCUUACGAGCAUGGCAUGUGCCUGUAGACAACAACAUGGAUUUUCAUGUGGGGGAUCUCCUGCAGGUUACUACAGGCAAGAACAUGAUCGAAACAGUGCACCCGCUAACAUGGGGAAUAUAUACCUUGCUGAUGCUCAAGGUGAAGGAAAUGGCCUAUUUGGGCCAGUACGUGUGCAUGUAAGAGGGCCCAUCGAUGGGCUUGCUGGUAUUGGGCGAGGAACUACAUUUGUGCCUGCAGCAGCUUGGCCUCCAACACGUUUUGUGUUUUCUCGUGUCCCUUUCGGUCUCGGCAACCGAAAUUGCCAGCAGUCACCAGCUAAUGAUGAAUCAGAAGCAAGAGUUGAUCUGAAUGGAGAUGUGUCAGGAGAUGGCUUGACGGCUUUGGUUGGGCUUAGCCAAGGCAACAAUGUGAAUCCUGCACAUGCUGAGCAAACCGAGAGAGCAUUCGAACCAGAAAUGCAGAGUCGAUUUCCUGGGGUUGCUGGUCCAAGUUCUAGCGGUAUUCCUGUGCAGAUGCUAGAAUCGCAGGAGCAUGCCCUUGGAAUCGAGUGGGAAAAUGCUGAGGGUUCUUCCAUAUCCUUGGAUAUGAAAACACCUUUGCGUCACUUCCCUCCUUUUCGCUUUGGGGUAGAAUUUGAGGAUGUGCACAGGCUUACUGAUGGUCAAGUAAAGCACUCGCCAGAAGUAUUUUAUGCAGGUUCAUUAUGGAAGGUUAGCGUUCAGGCUUUUAAUGACGAAGAUCCUCAAGGACGCCGUACUCUUGGGUUAUUUCUUCAUCGACGCAAGGCAGAGAUGACAGAUUCCCUGAGAAAGGUUCAUAUGUAUGUAGAUUCUCGGGAAAAGGUUACAGCUCGGUAUCAGUUAAUUUGUCCGUCGAAGAGAGAAGUAAUGGUGUUUGGAAGCUUCAAACAGCCGGGCACCUUGCUGCCAAAAGCUCCCAAGGGAUGGGGUUGGCGUACAGCUUUGUUAUUUGAUGAGCUGGCUGAUCUCCUCCAAGGCGGAGCCUUGCGGGUGGCUGCUGUAGUGCAACUCGUUUGAGAUUGAGUAAUUGCAGCCAAAUCAUUUCCUUGGAAUAGAUUUGAGUUUCCAGCUCGAGCAACCUUCAUCUCAACUACCAAAAUGAGAAGGAUGCAGGUGCCAUCAACCAUUUUUUUUUUCUAGUCUUUUUUUUUUUCGAAAGCAUCAGAUCUCUUAUAUCAUUGUAGUUUCAUUUUCUUUUCCUUUGUAGUUUUGCUUGGUCGUCAUCUAGAAUGUUUUACUAUAUUCACUUUGUAAAGCAAUACACUGUAAAGUUAUUAUAUAACCUACUGUACUCUGGAAUACCCAUACAGGUAUUACACUUGCUCUGA